UAGACAAGGUUGCUCCACCUGACCUUUAUAAUAUAUGAUCAUGUCAUGUCUGCUCGUUACAUUCAUCCACACCUUUUGUCACGUUUAUUUCCCAUCUUAGGUCUUUAAAUCUUUUCGAUCCCUCUCAAAACUUCCGUUUCUGCAAAUUGCCGCUGAUUUCCUCAGGUUCUUCGCAUUCGAUUGAAGGCAAAUCCCCCUCUACUACAGGCGAAGAUUAAAACUGCAUCUUCGGAAAAUUAGGUUUGUAGAAUUAAGGCCCAAUGUGUCCGAUUUGGUUAUCUAAUAAAUGAAAAUGAAGAGGUCGAGGAGUGAAGUUUUUGGUUUGAGGAGGGUAAAACUGCCACAUAUUUUGUUUGUUAUAGCGGCAUUGUAUUUGAUCCUUGUUUGCUUCAAGUUCUCUGCUUAUUUUGAGACGUCGACCACUACUGAGGAUGAAGCAGUACGGAGAGAUCAGUUAGAAGUCAGUAAGCCAUCGUUAGGAUCUGCAUACGAGGAUGGAAAUAGCGAGGCAUUAGAAAAUGAUAACAGAUUUGAAAAAGUGAAAGAAGAGAAGAAGUUAGAAGAGGAACCUGAUGAUAACUUUAAGGAAAGGUUAGAAAAUGGUAGCAGAAUUGAAAGAGUGAGUCAAAAAGAGAACGAUGAUAGUUUUCCACCUAUUGAUCUUCGAUAUGGGAGAUUAACUGGUGAUAUUUUGAGGCGAAGGCAAAGGACUCGGGAUAUGACUGGAUUGGAGAAAAUGGCAGAUGAAGCUUGGAGUUUAGGUUUGAAGGCAUGGGAAGAGGUUCAUAAGUACAAUGAGAAGGACAAUGAUUUGACUUCCAUACUUGAAGGAAAGCAAGAGCAUUGUCCUCCAUGGGUAUCAAUGAGUAGUGAAGAACUAACUAAAGGAGACAGAAUCACUUUCCUUCCCUGUGGUCUUGCUGCAGGAUCAUCAAUUACAGUAGUGGGAACCCCUCAUCAUGCUCAUAAUGAGUAUGUUCCACAGCUUGCAAAAAUAAAAGCAGGUGAUCCCAUGGUUUUGGUUUCCCAGUUUAAGGUUGAGUUGCAAGGGCUAAAGUCUGUAGUUGCAGAAGAUCCACCUAAAAUCUUGCAUCUAAAUCCUCGAUUGAGAGGUGAUUGGAGUCAACAACCUGUCAUUGAACAUAACACAUGUUACAGAAUGCAAUGGGGUACAGCUCAGAGGUGUGAUGGUUUACCAUCAAAAGGUGAUGAUGAUAUGCUUGUUGAUGGAUUUCAAAGAUGUGAAAAAUGGUUGCGUAAUGAUGUUGUUGAUUCAAAAGAAUCAAGAACAACAACAUGGUUCAAGAGAUUUAUAGGACGUGCACAAAAACCAGAAGUGACAUGGCCAUUUCCUUUUGUGGAGGGAAAACUGUUUGUUUUGACUAUUCGUGCUGGAGUUGAUGGAUACCAUAUAAAUGUUGGAGGAAGACACGUGACUUCAUUCCCAUAUCGUACAGGGUAUACACUUGAGGAUGCAACAGGAUUAGCAAUUAAAGGUGAUGUAGAUGUUCAUUCAGUUUUUGCCACAUCACUUCCAGCCUCUCAUCCAAGCUUCUCACCUCAAAGGGUAAUAGAAAUGUCAGAAAAAUGGAAAGCUAAACCUUUGCCAGCUCAUCCUAUCCGAGUUUUUAUCGGGAUUUUAUCAGCUACAAAUCACUUUGCUGAGCGUAUGGCUAUUAGAAAAACAUGGAUGCAAGCUUCAGCCAUCAAAACCUCAGAUGUUGUAGUUCGCUUUUUUGUUGCAUUGAGUCCAAGAAGGGAGCAAAAUGCAGUUUUGAAAAAGGAGGCUGCUUAUUUUGGAGAUAUUGUUGUAUUAACAUUUAUGGAUCACUAUGAGCUUGUGGUGCUCAAAACUAUUGCCAUUUGUGAAUAUGCGGUUCAAAAUCUGAGUGCAUCAUAUGUAAUGAAAUGUGAUGAUGACACUUUCACAAGAGUGGAUGUAAUCUUAAAAGAACUCGACCGGGUCCCACGUGAACAAUCUCUUUAUAUGGGCAAUUUGAAUCUCUUUCAUCGCCCUCUCAGACACGGCAAGUGGGCAGUUAGUUUUGAGGAAUGGCCUGAAGCAGUGUAUCCACCUUAUGCAAAUGGACCAGGAUACAUAAUUUCCAGUGACAUAGCCAAUUUCAUUGUCUCUCAACACACCAAAAGAAAACUCAGGAUAUUUAAGAUGGAAGACGUGAGCAUGGGAAUGUGGGUGGAGCAGUUCAAUAGCAGCAAGAGUCGGGUUCAAUACUCCCACCAUGGGAAGUUUUGUCAGUACGGAUGUAUGGAUAACUACUACACAGCACAUUAUCAGUCCCCUAGACAAAUGGUGUGUUUAUGGGAUAAUUUGGCAAAUGGAAGACCUCGAUGCUGCAACUUUUAGAUGAUUUUCAAUUUUGGUUCAUGUGGACCAUGAUUUUGCUUAUGUAAUGUGGUGAUGAAGAUGAAACCAUGUUAUGUUUGUUAUAGGAUUAUUUGUGGGGAAUAUAGGUUUUGAAUAUUAUUAGGAUCCUUGAGAUUUAGAUUUGUAGUAAUUCAAAACUUGUACGAUUAAUUUGUAUAGAACCAAUCAUGUCCU